AUGGCACCGCACGCCAGCCUCGUCGCGCGCUACAUUGACGACUACGGUUAUACUAGCUUUUGGUAUUCGACAGCGGGGUACGCCAUUCGAUGGUCGCUGUUUGGCCUCUUUGUCCUCAUCAUCCUUCUAUGGGUGGUUGGUGGUUAUCUGCAUGCCAAGCGCCUGAUGAAGAAGGGCCUGCCUCUCAAGUCGUAUCACAGCUGCUUCUUCCCUAGACAACCGCGCGCGGCGCAGGCCGGCUGGUACCGUCCCUACAACCCCAACCCAUACGGCGCGCAGGACGGAUAUAACAUGAACUACGUGCCGCCCCCCCCGACGUACGAUGCCACCCGCCCGCCCGAGUACCACCAGCAAGGGCCGCCCGUCGGCGCUAGCAAGGUUGAUCCCUCGCAGUGGUCCGGACAGCCGGCGAACCGCCCCGCCGAGUCUAGCACAACGGGUGCGGGUGGUGUCCCCGAGUACGCGGCGCCGUAUGGCCCGCCCCCGGCUGUCACGAGACAGUAG